UAACGUGGAUAAUGUCACUUGGCUCCAUGGAUACCACCUCGAUAAACUGUAUUUUAUGCUGUUAAAAGCUACAAUGAAGGAUAGAAGAAGGUCGACGUGCCGGCAGAAGGAGAGCUGACGUGUUUUCUGCCUGUUUACGGAGUUUUACACCAUGGAUCUUGUAAUUUGUUGGUUAUUAUGGGUUCACCUUCUCCUCUGCGCUCCUCUCAUGGGAUGUUUCGACUUGCACCUCUCGGAGACUUUACAUUCAGGAGCUGUUCUUGCCAAUUUGUCGCUGGGACCGGGUUGGACUUAUAAAAUAGACAGGACUUUAACUUCCAAGUACAUUGGGAACUUUAUUAAAGUGGAUUGGAGAGAUGGAGUGGUGCGUUUAAAUGGAGAGGUGGAUUGUGCGCGCGCCCCGCACGGCGCGCUGCCUCUUUAUUUCAAAAUCAAAUCAUUGACAACUGAAGGAUUUGUUAACACACAUUUUAAUGUAUUUCUACACGGGCAAAACUGCGUGUUCAAAUUUAAAAGGAAGAGAGAGAACAAGCCUGAUAUCAAUGUGGACUACAUUUAUAAUUCAGGACUAACUUCCUGCUUGUCUCCAGGUGAUUUACUCAUUAAUUUUGAGGAUUAUUUGCCUGUCUUCACAAGAAACUCUGGUGUUUUUGCCUCUUCUUGCACCUCAGACCAACUGAAUGUGUUUGUGCGUAACGGGACUUUACUUGUGAAGGACGCGUACUGUUUGGAGACGGACUUGGGGCGCGUUAAAAACACAGUUCGCUGCUUGUUUCACGAUUCAAAAGGUGAGCCCUUCUCUGUGUGCCUUAAACUACGAUUCGCCUUAGACCAUACUUCAUUAUCAUAUGUAACAAAUCAACGGAAACCGAGAAUAAAGCGAGCAGCGAAUUCAAUCCCCCAGUUUCAGUUAUUGAACUACCAAGUUUCAGUGCCCGAAAACGAGCCCGCGGGGACGCGCGUCAUCACCCUCAAAGCGACUGUCAGCGAUCCUGUUGAAACGGGAAAGAUCGAGUACGGGAUGGAAGCGCUGUUCGACAGCCGUUCUAACGAUUUCUUUAGAUUAGACCCUCAAACCGGCAGCAUCGAGACUGCCCAGCCCUUAGACAGAGAAGUUAAAGACACGCAUGUGUUUAAAGUCACAGCUUCUGUUGCAGGUUUUGCAAAACGUGUAGCUACGUCGUACCUCACUAUAACAGUGAGUGACACCAACGACCACGGACCCGUUUUUGAGCAGAACGAAUACAAGGUUAGGAUACGAGAGAACGUGGAAGUUGGUUUUGAGGUCAUUACGGUCAGGGCAACAGAUGGGGACGCUCCAUCCAAUGCAAACAUGAUAUAUAGGAUUAUGAAUGGUGAAGGUGUUAAUUCUGGGUUUGAAAUUGAUUCUUGGAAUGGACUGGUCAAGAUUAGGGUGCGUCCAGACAGAGAAACCAUGGCUCAGUAUCAGCUAAUUGUAGAGGCCAGUGACCAAGGUAAGGAUCCUGGGCCCCGCAGUGCUACUGCGACAGUUCACAUCACAGUUGAAGAUGAAAAUGACAACUAUCCGCAAUUUAGUGAGAAAAGAUAUGUGGUUCAGGUGCCAGAAAACGUGGCCGUUAACACUAAAGUAGCCCAGGUAGAAGCCACGGAUCGGGAUGAAGGCAAUAAUGCUAGGGUCCAUUACAGUAUAAUCAGUGGCAACGUUAAAGGUCAGUUUUUUAUUCACACUCCUACCGGAGCCAUUGAUGUCAUUAACCCUUUGGACUAUGAAACAAUCCGAGAGUAUAAUUUACGCAUAAAGGCCCAGGAUGGGGGCAGGCCUCCUCUCAUUAAUGGCACAGGAGUCGUUGUGGUUCAAGUAGUGGAUGUCAACGACAAUGCUCCUAUGUUCGUAAGCACUCCUUUCCAAGCAACUGUUUUAGAGAACGUCCCCAUUGGAUAUUCUGUCAUUCACAUUCAGGCCAUUGAUUCAGAUUCAGGCGAAAAUGCCCGGUUAGAUUACAGCCUCACAGACACUACUCCAGGCUUCCCUUUCAGUAUCAACAACAGCACUGGAUGGAUAACUGUGAGUGAUGAGCUGGACAGGGAAAGCACUGAGUUUUACACCUUUGGAGUGGAGGCCAGAGAUAAUGGAGUUCCAGUGAUGUCAUCCUCAGCGAGCGUUAGCAUCACUGUCCUAGAUGUGAACGACAAUAUCCCUACAUUCACAGAGAAGAUGUAUUCCCUGAAAAUCAACGAAGAUGCUGUUGUGGGGACGAGUGUGUUAACUGUUACAGCUCUGGACCGUGAUGUGAACAGUGUGGUCACUUAUCAGAUCUCCAGCGGGAAUACGCGGAACAGGUUUGCCAUAACUAGCCAAAGUGGAGGUGGACUCAUCACACUUGCUUUGCCAUUAGAUUACAAACAAGAACGACAAUACGUUCUGACCAUCACCGCCUCUGACGGCACACGCUUUGACACCGCACAAGUGUUCAUCAACGUAACCGAUGCUAACACUCACAGACCCGUGUUCCAGAACGCCAACUACCAUCAGAUCUUCAGCGAGGAUCAACCCAUCGGAUCAACAGUUGUGGUCAUCAGUGCCACAGAUGAGGAUACAGGAGAGAAUGCACGUAUCACCUACAUCAUGGAGGACAACGUCCCACAGUUUAAGAUCGAUCCAGACUCGGGUGCCAUCACAACACAGAUGGAGAUCGACUAUGAAGAUCAAGCCUCCUACACACUAGCCAUCAUAGCUCGUGACAAUGGCAUUCCUCAGAAGUCUGACACCACCUAUGUGGAAAUAAUCAUUCUGGAUGCCAAUGACAAUUCUCCACGGUUUGGAAGAGACAAAUAUCAAGGCACCGUGUUCGAAGACGCCCCUAUUUACACCAGCGUGCUCCAAAUAUCAGCUUCUGACAGGGACUCAGGGUCUAAUGGACGUGUGAGCUACACCUUUCAAGGUGGCGAUGAUGGAGAAGGAGACUUUAUGAUUGAGCAAUACUCUGGGAUCAUCAGAACCCACCGGAAACUGGACAGAGAGAACGUUCCAGUGUAUAACCUGAGGGCCUACGCUGUAGACAGAGGUGUUCCUCCUCUCAAAGCUGCGGUGGAGAUCCAGGUUUCAGUAUUGGACAUCAAUGACAAUGCACCUGUGUUUGAGAAGGAUGAACUGUAUAUCGAUGUCAAGGAAAACAGUUCUGUAGACUCAGUGGUUGCCCGAAUCACUGCUAUGGACCCAGAUGAAGGAACCAACGCUCAGAUAUUAUACCAGAUCGUUGAAGGAAACAUCCCUGAGGUUUUUGACUUGGAUAUAUUCACUGGAGACUUAAAAGCGCUUGUGGAUUUGGACUACGAGACCCAAAAGGAGUAUGUCAUUGUCGUACAGGCCACAUCUGCACCUCUGGUCAGCAGAGCAACGGUCCACGUUCGAUUGAUCGACGUCAACGAUAACGAUCCUGUCCUGCAGAAUUUCGAGAUAAUUUUUAAUAACUACGUCACCAACAAAUCCAACAGCUUUCCAUCUGGGAUUAUAGGAAAGGUGCCCGCCCAUGACCCAGACGUGUCAGAUAAACUCAAGUAUAGUUUCAUUGAAGGAAAUGAGCUGAGUUUGUUGAUUCUAAACCCGGAUACAGGAGAGCUGAAACUCAGCAAAGAUCUGGAUAACAACAGACCUCUGGAGGCCACCAUGAAGGUUUCUGUCACAGAUGGUAUCCACCAAGUCACUGCCUUCUGUACUCUCCGUGUCACCAUCAUCACUGACGAGAUGCUAACAAACAGCAUCACAGUCCGUCUGGAGAACAUGUCCCAGGAACGCUUCCUAUCCCCACUGCUCUCUCUAUUCGUUGAAGGUGUAGCAGCAGUCCUCUCAACUAGUCGCGAAGGAGUUUUCAUCUUCAAUGUCCAGAACGACACGGAUGUCAGUGGAAACAUCCUCAACGUCACUUUCUCCGCCUUGCUCCCAGGAGGAGUUCCGGAUCGCUACUUCCCUUCGGAAGAGCUUCAGGAGCAGAUCUACCUGAACCGUACUAUGUUACAGAAAAUCUCCAGUCAAAACGUCCUUCCAUUCGAUGACAACAUCUGCCUAAGGGAACCUUGCGAGAACUACAUGAAAUGCGUCUCUGUAUUAAAGUUCGACAGCUCUCCACCUUUCAUAGCUUCGGAUACUGUUCUCUUCAGACCAAUUCAUCCCAUUAAUGGUCUUCGCUGCCGUUGUCCGGCCGGCUUCACUGGGGACUACUGUGAGACAGAGAUUGACCUGUGUUACUCAGGGCCUUGCCGCAACAAUGGCCGCUGCCGCAGUCGAGAAGGAGGGUACACCUGCGAGUGCCUAGAAGACUUCACAGGUGAGAACUGUGAAGUAGACAGCCGCUCUGGUCGUUGUGUUCCCGGGGUGUGUAAAAAUGGAGGCGAGUGUGUCAACCUGCUAGUCGGCGGCUUCACUUGCAACUGCCCUUCAGGAGAGUAUGAGAAACCCUUCUGUGAGAUGACGACCCGCAGCUUUCCCGGACAGUCCUUCAUCACCUUCCGAGGCCUAAGACAGAGAUUCCACUUCACCGUCUCCUUCAUGUUUGCUACGAGAGAGAGAAACGCCCUUCUGCUCUACAAUGGUCGCUUUAAUGAGAAACAUGACUUUGUAGCUGUGGAGAUCAUAGAGGAGCAAAUUCAACUCACCUUCUCAGCAGGAGAGGCUAAAACAACCGUUGCACCUUUCGUACCCGGUGGAGUUAGCGAUGGCCAGUGGCAUUCAGUUCAGCUUCAUUACUACAAUAAGGACAGCCUGCACCUGCUGGACUCCAGUGGGGUGCUGAGCGUCCACCUCUAUACCGCCUGGCUGGAGCUCACUCAUAAGGAGCCCAAGAUAAGUCAUUUGGGGUUGCCUCAAGGUCCAUCAGGUGAAAAGGUGGCAGUGGUUGCUGUGGACGACUGUGACAUUGCCAUGGCAGUGCGCUUUGGCACUCAGAUCGGCAACUACUCGUGUGCUGCCCAGGGCACCCAAACUGGCCAGAAGAAAUCUUUGGAUCUCACUGGACCACUUUUACUUGGCGGGGUUCCAAAUCUUCCUGAGGAUUUCCCCAUACGGAACCGGGACUUUGUGGGUUGCAUGAGAAACCUGACGAUUGACAGUAAAUCAGUAGACAUGGCCAGUUUUAUCGCCAACAACGGCACCACUGAAGGCUGUCCCGCUAAAAAGAACUUCUGCUACGAGGGUUUGUGUCAGCACGGAGCGCAGUGUGAGAAUAAGUGGAACACGCACUUCUGCGAGUGUCCCGAAGGCAGAGGCGGCAAGAACUGUGAUCAGGACAUGCCUUCAAGGCAGCAUUUUGACGGUCACGCCAUGAUGUCAUGGAAUGAUCCUGACAUCACCAUCGCUGUGCCCUGGUACAUUGGCCUGAUGUUUCGCACCAGACAAACGAGCCAAACAGCAACCCUGAUGCAGGUGAACGCCGGUGACACGUCCCAAAUCAACCUUCUGAUAAGAGACAAGUAUGUGCAGUUUGAAGUGCUUCUGGGAGAGCAGAAGGUGGCCGUGCUGGAUUUCGCAGAUGUCCGAGUGAAUGAUGGGGAAUGGCAUCACCUGCUCGUGGAGCUGAGGAGCAGCAAAGAUGGGAAGGACACAAAGUACAUGGCACAAGUGUUUCUGGACUACGACAUGUUCACGAAGUCAGCAGAGAUCGGAAACGAGCUUCCUGGACUCAAGCUGAAGAGUUUAUUCAUUGGUGGACUUCAUGGCCAGCGUGACAUUGUCCAGCAGGGGUUUAAGGGUUGCAUGCAGGGUAUAAGAAUGGGGGAAAUGGCCACCAGUACGGCUAACAUCAACAUGCACCACGCACAAAAGAUCCGCGUGGAGGACGGCUGUGACAUGAGCGAUAACUGCGACGCCAUCAACUGUCCUGAGAACAGCCAAUGCACAGACGAACACACCUGCACCUGUGAUCCUGGUUUCUUCGGCAGAGACUGCGUUGAUGCCUGUCAUCUGAACCCGUGUGAGCAUUUGUCCACAUGUGUUCGCAAACCAAGCUCUUCUCAUGGAUACACAUGCGAGUGCAGUCAGGACUACUAUGGACAGUACUGUGAGAACAAAGUUGAAAAACCCUGUCCUCGUGGUUGGUGGGGAAACCCCAUGUGUGGUCCUUGCAACUGUGAUGUCAGCAAAGGUUUUAAUCCUGACUGCAAUAAGACUACUGGAGAAUGCCGCUGCAAGGACAACUACUAUCAGCCAAAAGACAGUGACACCUGUUUCCCCUGUGACUGCUUCCAUUUGGGCGCCAACUCGCGCACAUGUGACCCCGAAACGGGACAGUGCCCUUGCAAGGCAGGUGUAAUUGGGCGACAGUGCAACCGAUGUGACAACCCUUUCUCUGAAGUGACUAGCACCGGCUGUGAGGUUGGAUAUGAGGGCUGCCCAAAAGCCUUUGAUUCUGGAAUAUGGUGGCCAAGGACUAAUUUUGGAUUCCCGGCAGCAAUGAAUUGCCCAAAGGGAUCUAUUGGCACAGCGGUCAGACACUGCAAUGAUGAGAAAGGAUGGCUGCCCCCUGAACUCUUCAACUGUACCACCAUCACAUUCUCACACCUCAAGAAAAUGAAUGACGAUUUGCAGCGCAACGAAUCCUCAAUGGAUGGCCAGAAAUCGAGAGAUAUCGCUCGCAUGUUGCAAAAUGCAACUGAUCAUACCUCUUCUUUCUAUGGCAAUGACGUCAAGACAACCUACCAGCUACUUUCUUCGAUCCUUCACUAUGAGAGCCAGCAGCAGGGCUUUAACCUGGCCGCCAUGCAGGACGCCAAAUUCAAUGAGAACCUAGUGAAGGCAGGCAGUGCAAUCCUGGAUACCAGUAAUAAAGAGCACUGGGAUCAGAUACAGAGAGCAGAAGGGGGCACAGCACAUCUGCUCAAACACUUUGAGGAAUACGCCAACACUGUGGCUCAGAACAUGAGGAAGACUUACCUAAAACCCUUCAUCAUCGUAACUGAGAAUAUGGUUUUUGCAGUGGAUUACUUGAUUGCAAAUAAUCCAGAUGACACAAAAGUACCCAAUUUCCAAACUACUGACCAGGAGUGUCCCAAAGACCUCAAGUCUUCUGUUCUUUUCCCAGAAUUCAGCUUUAAAUCAUCGGAGCAUAAAGUUUCUCCUACAGAUGAUCCAGAAUUUCAGAUUAACUCUGACGAAGAGGAGAAGCAGGCCACAAACAAGAGAAAAAGGCACGUUGAGAGCGUUCCUUCAUUUCCAGUGGCUUCAGUCAUCAUCUAUAAAACUCUAGGCCAGUUUCUACCAGAGCACUACGACCCUGACCGCCGCAGCCUCCGGGUGCCCAAUCGCCCAGUCAUUAACACUCCCAUCGUGAGCGCAACUGUGUACAGUGAAGGUCAGCCAUUCCACAUUCCUCUGGAGCGACCAAUCACACUAGACUAUAACCUUCUAGAGACUGAGGAGAGAACCAAACCUGUGUGUGUCUUCUGGAACCACUCCAUCAGUGUCAGUGCUGGUGGGGCAGGCGCCUGGUCAUCCAAAGGAUGUGACAUCAUCUCUAGGAACCACACUCACAUUAGCUGCCAGUGCAAUCACAUGACCAGCUUUGCCGUCCUUAUGGACAUCUCCAAAAGAGAGCACGGUGAUGUUCUUCCACUGAAGAUUGUCACCUACACCACGGUCUCUGCGUCACUCCUGGCCCUCUUCAUCACCUUCAUUCUGCUGGCCAUACUACAUAAACUGCGCUCCAACCUCCACAGCAUUCACAAGAACCUAGUGGCUGCCUUGUUUUUUUCCGAGCUGGUCUUCCUGAUCGGUAUCAACCAAACCGACAACCCGUUUGUGUGUACAGUGAUAGCCAUCCUCCUGCACUACUUCUACAUGUGCACGUUUGCCUGGACGUUUGUGGAGGGUUUGCACAUUUACCGGAUGCUCACCGAAGUUCGAAACAUCAACCACGGCCACAUGCGCUUCUACUACGCCAUUGGCUGGGGGAUACCUGCUAUUAUUACAGGUCUGGCUGUGGGUUUGGAUCCGCAAGGAUAUGGCAACCCUGACUUCUGCUGGCUGUCCGUCCACGACACCCUCAUCUGGAGUUUUGCGGGACCCAUCGCUGUGGUAGUACUGGUCAACAUUGUUAUCUUUGUGAUGGCGGCAAAGGCAUCAUGUGGCCGAAGACAGCGCACCUAUGAGAAGGCUGGAGUCACUCCGGCUCUGCGGAUGGCCUUUCUGCUCCUCUUGCUCAUUAGUGCCACCUGGCUGUUGGGCUUAAUGGCUGUCAACAGUGACGUCAUGACUUUCCACUACCUGUUUGCCAUUUUCAGCUGUCUACAGGGUGUAUUCAUUUUCUUCUUCCAUAUCGUGUUCAAUAAAGAGGUGAGGAAAAAUCUAAAGAACGUUUUCACUGGAAAGAAACAGUUAGCGGAUGAAUCCAGCACCACACGCACAACCCUACUGACGCGAACGCUGAACUGUAAUAACACGUAUAUGGAGGAUGGAGCGAUGUUCCGCUCUGCUAUCGGCGAGUCUACGGUGUCUUUAGAGAGCACAGUCAGGUCAGCCAAGAGUCACAGCAGCUACUUUACUUACACACACAGGGAUGAAUUGGGUCAGAAGCCCAGUGUUUCUGGAAACGCUAAAGCUGGACUCACGGACAUUGAUGGCUCACUCUUCCGUAAUGGCACUAAAGCAGACGACUCAGAUUCAGACAGCGAGCUCUCCGUGGAUGAACACAGCAGUUCAUAUGCAUCCUCACACUCAUCUGACAGCGAGGACGAAGACAUCGACAUGCAGCCAAAGUGGAAUAAUGAGAGACAACCGCUACACAGCACUCCAAAGGGCACAAAAGAAGUGGACACAGUGUCCAAUCACGUGAAGCCGUACUGGCCAACUGAAGCCAUGACAGCCAGUGACAGUGAAGAUCCUGGAGGAGCAGAGAGGCUGAGAGUGGAGACCAAAGUUAACGUGGAGCUCCAUCAGGAGAAUAAACUCAAUCAUAUAGGAGAGAGCGCUCAGGACAAAGAACAGCCAACACCGUCCAUACAAGCCAACAGCAACCACCAGCCUGAACAGAGGAAGGGUAUUCUGAAGAAUAAGAUCACAUAUCCACCUCCGCUGACAGACAAAAACAUGAAAAACAAACUUCGGGAGAAAUUAUCAGACUACAAUCCCCCCACCAUUUCCUCCAGAGCGCCCUCUAUAACCUCUAAUGAUGGGGGCAAUGGACACAACGUCUUGAUCAAGCCCCCUCGGCCACCGGUUCCUCCACGAGAACAUCUGAACGGCAUGGCCAUGAAUCUGAAAUCAGCCACUGUUAAUGGAGGAAACCAGUCAGACUCUGACGGCAGUAAUGAAACAUCAAUCUGACCCAGCAGGAAACCCAAGGAACCUCUGCCCUCAUGAGGGAGGAAUACCAGUCUGAACUGCGGGAGGAAUGUGGGAAGCCAAGUCGAAUUACCCAAAGAGUCCUCUGUAGGUGCACCUUGCUCUCCAGCAUGUCCCUGGGGUCCAGGCUCCACUGGAGAACAGUAUUACUGCAGACGUCUGGCUGUUAAGCGAACUGAUAAGGGAAAGUAAAGGGAAUGUAUCGAAAUACACAAGACUUUAUGGAAACUGUGCCAAAACGCUAAACGUAGGACUACAACCACUCCCAGAAUGCUGAGCGACACACUCUUACCGAGUGCCUUUGAAGUGGAUUCCAAGAGACGCGUAAUAAGACUGUGUAAUUUCACCACUAGUGCUUCUUAAAGCAAAUGUGCACACAAUUCACAGAAGGCUGGAACUUUGUAGAGACUUUUUUUUUAACGAUUAUGAAACGUAAAUCACAGAAUGCUGAAAUUUUCACCAAGUGCCCUGCUCGGCCCGUCCUCAUAGAGGAGAUCCAUCUUUUAACUAAUAUCUUCCUCUUGUAAUUAAUUGUAUAUAACUUGUUGUUGUUGUUGUUGUGAAUUUGUAAUAUUUUGUGGCACAUUUGUAUAUUAAAAAACAUUUUUAAUAACAUUUAAUGCAGGAUUUUUAUGUGGUUAGAUCACAGAUGUUUUGUACUUGAUUUGCUGAGUAAUUUUUUUUUUUCUGGUGCUGUUCGUCCCAAAACACUAGACUUAAAAGUCCAUUAUGAACACGGUUGUUCAACACUGAUAAUAUUUGGUGUACAGUGAAGACAUGGCUCUUAGACUUAAGGAAAUUGCAAUUAAUGUUUUGUUUUGCAAUCAAAUGUUGGUUCAUAAUUCAUAUUCCAAAGAAGUUACGGUGAAAAAGACCUUGCAGGUGUUUUUAAAUCAUUUCUCAUAUCAAAAUGACACUGGAUUUCUGUUAGCUGUAUUUAUUUUUAUGUGUUGAGACACUGGACGGAUAUUGAAGCUGUAAAAAUAAAUGCUCUCUGAAUUUGUA